CAGCCAUGGCCUCGCUGGACCUGCCCUACCGCUGCCCGCGCUGCGGGGAGCACAAGCGCUUCCGCAGCCUGUCCUCGCUGCGCGCACACCUGGAGUACAACCACACCUACGAGACCCUCUACGUGCUCUCCAAGACCAACAGCAUCUGCGACGCCGCCGUCUUCCCGCUGGCCGCCGACGCGGCGCUGCUGGCCCCGGCCUCCCGCAGGGACUACUUCGAGAGCACGUCCUUCCAGGGCAAGGACCAGCGCUUCUCCUGCGACCUGGUCCCCGCCGAGGAGCUGGAGCCGGCGCCGGCGGCGUCGCCCUCGCCCCGCUACGUGCACGAGAUCGAGAUCCCGCUGGGCGAGCUCCUGGCGCGCGGCAAGGCCGUGGCGCCCGCCGCCGCCGCGCCCGCCGACGCGGCCUACGAGGAGGGCCUGGCCCGCCUCAAGAUCCGCGCCUUCGAGAAGCUGGAGGUGGACAAGCGGCUGGAGAAGCUGACGGAGGAGGUGGAGCAGAAGAUCGCCUCGCAGGUGGGCCGGCUGCAGGUGGAGCUGGAGCGCAAGAGCUCGGAGCUGGAGAAGGCCAAGCAGGAGAGCCUGCGGCUGAGCCGCGAGAAGCAGGAGCUGGAGGACCGGGCCUCCGAGCUGUCCCGCCAGGUGGACGUCAGCGUGGAGAUGCUGGCCUCCCUCAAGCAGGACCUGGUGCAGAAGGAGCAGGAGCUCACCAGGAAGCAGCAGGAGGUGCUGCAGAUCGACCAGUUCCUGAAGGAGACGGCGGCGCGCGAGGCCAACGCCAAGGUGCGGCUGCAGCACUUCAUCGAGGAGCUGCUGGACCGCGCCGACCGCGCCGAGAAGCAGCUGCAGAUCAUCAGCAGCAGCUGCGGCACCACCCCCAACGGCAGCCUGGGCCGCUGCGGCACCCCGGGCACCAAGGGCAUCGCCCGAGCGGCGCCUCUGCGGGCACAGAGAGAGCGGCACCCGGGGCCGGGGGUGGCCGUGCACGGUCCCUACGGCGUGAACCAGCGCUCCUCCUCCAGCACCGGGGCCUCGAGCCGGGCCAAGGCCGUGUCGCAGAGCUCCGGCUGCUACGACAGCGACAGCGCCGAGCCGUGUCCCACGGACGACGCGGCCGACGGGCCCCCCUACGCCGGCCGGGGCUCGGGGCUGCGCCGCCAGGCCAUCCAGAACUGGCACCGCCGGCCCUACCGCAACAGCACCGAGGGCGAGGAGGGCGACGUGUCCGACGUGGGCUCCCGCACCACCGAGUCCGAGGCCGAGGGCUGGGAGCCGGAGGCGCCGGGAUGCGCCGCGCCCCGAGCGCCGGGCAGCUGCCGCCUGACGGUGGCCACCGACGCCGGCUGUGCCGCGGGCAGGCCCGAGGGCAAGGUGUGCCGGCUGGAGAGGGGCAGCCCGGGCCCCUCCAGCGAGGUCAUCAGCCCCGAGAUCCUCAAGAUGAGGGCGGCUCUCUUCUGCAUCUUCACCUACCUGGACACCAAGACCCUGCUGCGGGCGGCCGAGGUGUGCAGGGACUGGAAGUUCGUGGCCCGACACCCGGCCGUGUGGACGCGGGUGCUGCUGGACAACGCCAGGGUCUCCUCCAAGUUCCUGGCCAUGCUGUCCCAGUGGUGCACCCAGAUGCACUCCCUCACCCUCCAAAACCUGAAGCCACGCCAGCGGGGCAAGAAGGAGAGCAAGGAGGAUUACAUGAAGAGCACACGGGGCUGCCUGGAGGCAGGGCUGGAGUCGCUGCUGAAGGCCACGGGCAGCAACCUGCUGAUCCUGCGCAUCUCGCACUGCCCCAACGUGCUGACCGACCGCUCGCUCUGGCUGGCCAGCUGCUACUGCCGCGCCCUGCAGGCUGUCACCUACCGGAGCUCCACAGACCCCGUGGGCCAUGAGGUGAUCUGGGCCCUUGGAGCUGGCUGCAGGGACAUCAUCUCCCUCCAGGUCGCACCUCUGCAUCCCUGCCAGCAGCCGACGCGUUUCAGCAACCGCUGCCUGCAGAUGAUCGGGCGCUGCUGGCCCCACCUGCGGGCGCUCGGCGUGGGCGGCGCGGGCUGCGGCGUGCAGGGGCUGGCGUCCCUAGCCAGGAACUGCAUGAGGCUGCAGGUGCUGGAGCUGGACCACGUGGCCGAGAUCAACCAGGAGGUGGCUGCUGAGAUGUGCCGGGAGGGGCUCAAGGGGCUGGAGAUGCUGGUGCUGACGUCCACCCCGGUGACCCCCAAAGCCCUGCUGCACUUCAACAGUGUGUGCCGGAACCUCAAGUCCAUCGUGGUGCAGGUGGGGAUUGUGGAUUACUUCAAGGAGCCCCACAGCCCUGAAGCCAGGAAGAUGUUUGAAGAAAUGGUGAACAAACUCCAGGCCCUGAGGAAGAGACCCGGCUUCUCCAAGAUCCUGCACAUCAAGGUGGAAGGAGGCUGUUAGCGCUGCCGGAGCCCGAAGCACAUUCCCUGCUCUGCCCCGGGGCGGGGACCCGCCCGUGCACAAGGAACCCCAAACUCUCGCCCGGCCCGAGGGCAGAAGGUGCUACUCAAGGACAUUUUGGCUGCCCCAGAGCCAGGGCCGGGCUCUUUCCCGGCAGGGAAGUGGCUUUGAGCCCCUGCAGCUGCUCCUGGCCGAGGAUCCGCCUUUGGGGUGGUUCUCCCACCGAACUCUGUUUUGGGGAUGUUCGAGCCCAGCCCGGCCUGGGGGCUCCCUGGGGCUGCCCCUCCCCAGGGCCCAGCAUUCCUGCAGGGUUUCUGCUCCUUCUCAUUUUGGGUUUGACAGAGGGGCACCCAGACCUGGGGAAACCCCCCAGCAACCAGCACAGCACAGCACAGGCAGAGCUGCUCCUCGGGGGCCUUGGGAGCCACAGGACACCAGGAGAGACGGGCACCCUUCCAGAGCUCUGCACCAAAACCCUCCUGCCAAGGCAAUAAACCAUCUCCAAAAUCCUCACCCAGCAGGAAACUCGGGGCAGGCUCCUGUCCCCACCCCAGGGUCACUUGUGGACAGAGACUGGCACAGGACACCCACGUUUGCCAUCCCACUGCCCUCCUGAGCAGCCUGGAGGAGAAACCCCGGCCAGAUUAUCCUGGAAUCAUCCUGGGAAAAGCAGCAACCAACAGCCCUGGCUGACCCUUCUCUGCAGCCACCAUUUUCUAAAUCUGAUUUUCCUUCUGAGUGUCCUCUGCCUGCAAAGACGUCAUCAUCCCCAAAAUAUCCUUUUUCCUUAGGAGAAGGCAUCCAGCAGGGUCAGCAUCUCCAUCCUCCACCUGGGGGGAAGGUUCCAGGGGGUGUCCCUGGAACUGGGGACACCCAUCAGAGCACUGCCAGCACUGGGGACACCCCGGCCUCACCCCCAGCCCCAGGGGGCUGAGCGGGGAGGAAGCGACUGGGAAAGUGGAACUGGGGCUUUUCCCUCCUCUCUGCAGCAGCACUGGGAGUUCUGGGGCUGCUGGCCAGCGUGGCUGUGAGGGGACACCUCAGAGCUGUCCCCUCCCCGAGCCAUGUGCUCACCUGGAGCAUCUCCCAAAAGGGACCAGGCUCAGAUCCAGCACCACAUCCCCCAUCUGGGGCUGCCAGACAGCCCGAGGGGACCCCAGAGGAAGGAACAUCCCCCCGGGUGAGGCUGCUGGGGCUCUGGAGCAGCUCCUGCAUCUCCAGGUGUUCCCCCACCUUCAUCCCACCUGCUCUGCCUGCUCUGGAACAGGGCCGGGGUUUUGUGGGAAGCUCUGCUGCCCUCCCAUGCAGCUUUCCAGAGAAGGCAGUUCCUGAAUGCACAAGAUGUGGGAGUCCCUGUGAGGAACUGCUGCAGCUCCCUGCCCUGCCCACCGCGGCUUUACCUCCACCCCAGGAAGGCUGGGACCCUCCAAACCCAGGGGCAGGAGCAGCAAGGGAUGCCCCGACCAGCAAAAACCACCCAGCAAAGCUACAGCCCGGGGCCACCCUGCCCCACCCAGUGGAGGUGUCACCACCCAGUGCAGGGGCUCGUGAACGCCCUGAAAAAACAAAAAAAAAAAAAAACAGAAACAAAGUACGUAUUUAUUUCUAUAAAGAGAAGAAGGAAACAAAAAGGUUUUAAAGGAAAAUUAUAUACUCAGCAUGUUUAUACACUCUGUGCUUAAAGACUCUGGUGGCCCGAGGCUGGAGGCGGCUGCUGGAGGUUUGGGGUGCCUGGAGCCUGUCCAGGUGAGGAUGAGGGGAUGGAGGGAGUUGAGGACUCUCAGAGGAGCUUUCUGCCGGUGGGGUCAGUGGCUGUGCUGCCACCCCCACCACUCACUGCCAGGUUGGAAGUGACAGCAGGAGCCUCACCUGGAUUCGGUGUUUGGAGCAUCGCAAGAGCAGAUCCAGCCUCUCCUUGGGGCAUUCCCGAAAAACCCAGCUCAGCAAAGCCACCUUCCUACAAAAACCCUCUGGUGACACAAGGCCUUGAGCAGGUUCAAGGACUGGAAGAUGGGAAGUGGGGGUUUCUCCCUGUCUUGCUUGGAAUUCAAUGGAUCCCUUCCUCCUCCUCCUCCUCCUCCUCAGCUGGGGCUGAAGGCAGCUGGCACAGGGAGGCAGUGAGGGCCCUCCUGGUGGCUCCUAAUUGCCCAGCUCGUUAACGAGCUCAUUAAGGGCUCUGAAAUGUCAGGUGGAUCCUGCUCUGCUCUCCCAAGGCCCCAUCCCCACGGGAGACCCCCAGCUCUGGAUUCCCCCUUUCCUGUGGGAGUGAUGGAAACACAACAGCAACACCCAAUUUCCUGGGCAAGCCUUCAGAGCACUCAGCACAUUCAGCUCAGCCCCGGGGAGAAGUGCCAAGGGGCUCUGCCACGACAAUCCCCAGGAAAAUCCCGGAUCUGGGGAGGGCUGGGGUCACUGGGGUGGCCAGGGCAGGCAGGGGCUGCAGGGACAGUGCUCCCAAAGCUGCUCCUGGCUCCUGCAGGACCAGUUCUGGGGACGUUUAUUCCUUUCCUAAUGUGUUUUCCCAAAGUUUCCCCAUGGCUGACAUUCCCACCUGAGUUUGGGUGCUGGUCAGGGAUUUCAAGAGGAACAAGGUCACCAAAGCCCAAAGCUGUCCCAAAUUGUGUGUCCCUCGAGUUGGAUUUCACUGGUUGCCCUUCACUCCCAGCCCAGGGAUGCUCUGGGGAUCAGCUCUGCCUCAUCCCUCUGCCCUGGGGCUCCAGGUGUCAGGGUGGAGGGAAUGGGAGCCCCCAGGAGGGCUCUGCCCAGUGAGGGUUUUAAAUCUUUUUCCCUCCUCUUGCUCUGUGUCCUGGUCCCUGCUGCCACCAGGGGCACAGCCCUGGCAGGGGCUUGUCUGGAUCUUCCAAAAGAGCCUGGAUUUAGGGAAAACAGAACAAAAAAACACCAGGAGAAGUGCCGUAAUGGCUCCUCAAGUGGCUAACAAAUGUUUUCCCUCAGCUUUUAGGGGAGGCCCCAGCCAGGAGCUGGAGUAUCUCUUCAGCCUCAUUUUGGGGUGAGAAACAGCAGGUUGGGGUGGAGCAAAAGCAUUUGGGAAUCGGUGCCAAAUGAGAAGUGCUUUAAAAGGAAAAGUCCCAGGGUGCAGGGAGAUUUUGGGAAGCAGAGAUGGGUUGUUUGACCAAAGCACUGCAGGGUGCUGUGAGGUGGUGAUGGACCUUCCCCAUCAGCAGGAGGCAAAAUAAUCCCUGGGGAGGGUGGGAGAGCACUGAGGAAAAGCUGCUGCAGCAGCAAGGAGAGAAAACUGGCCAAAAGCAUGGGGGAAGAAAAAGGGAUUUUCCACUGCAGCCUCGGGGCUGAGCCCCGUGCAGGCUGGGCCGGGGACAGGCGGGUGCAAUGCUGUGGGGCAGUUCUUGGGAAAGGAAGGGUGAUGCACAGUUGCUUCGAGAUAAUCAGAGGAGAUAAUCAGUGCAGAGAGUAGAGAUUUAUAAAUCCAGGAGCUGGCACGGUUCCCUGCAGCCCUGGAUGGUGGCUGAGGGCCCUGUACAGCCGCCCCCCUCCCCAGGCUUCCCGUGGCCUCCCAAGUUAUUUUUUUAACUCUAUAUAAAUUUAGGUCUAUUUUAGUCUUUCUGCAGCGAUGUGCCAGUGUCUGGAGAACCAAACAUGCCCUUUCCCCCAUCCCUGGUCCCUGGAUGCUAAACUGGGCCCUUGGUGCAGGUGUGCUGGAGAAGAGGUCCUGGAAGGGGAGAGGAGGAUCUGGGUGUGCUGGCAGCAGGGCCCAGCUCUGCCAGGAGUCCGAGGUUUUAGCACUUUGGUUGGAACUCUCACCUUGUAGACGCACUUUGAUGUUGUUGCUUUGAAACUUUGGCAAGUGUAAACAAUGUGUAUUUAAAGAAUUACAGAGAAACAACCCCCAGCCAAGCGUGUAAAGAGCUAUUUUAUGAUUCAGUGUUGAAUAAAGACUCUGGAGAUCCA